AUGAAUGAUUUUACAAAAGAGGCAUUCGGUAGACAUGCUAAAAAUUCCGAAAACAAAACUAUGCAAGAUUACAUAGAGUAUGGAAACAUGAACAGAGGAUAUUCCAGCAAUAAACCGAGUCCUACAUUGUCGUCUAGCAGUUAUUUCAACCAAAUUCCUCCUACUAUUAAUCUUCAGAGCCAUUUUACAAGUGCCCUAAUUGCUGAUGGCGCUAUCCCGGAACAUGCUAUAGAUAGUUUUAACGAUGUCAACGAUGCAGACAAUGGUCAUUCUCUCUAUGAGAGAGAAAUACAAAGACGCAAUCUUUCACCGAAACAUGAAAGUCUAGGAAAAGUUAGCCCGAGUCAAUAUAUUAUGCCGCAAAAACAAGACGAACAUACUACUACAGAUAACAGUCUAGAAGAUAUCAGGGAAGUUGGUUCGUAUGCAGAUUGUAACGGUGAAACGGAAGGAUAUGAAGUGACGAAUAGCCCCUUACAAGGUGAACAGAAUAGCCAGGGUAUAAAAUACGAAAUGCUAAACUGUGGUCAGGGAUACCAAGGUGAUCAAGUACCAGAUAUGACCCAAGGUUACUACUAUAACAUGUUUCCAUAUGGUCACCAACAAUUAUACAAUGAUGGGGAUAUAUAUCAAAAUUUUAACAAUGCAGUAGAUACCAAUAACGAGGGAAUACAGCAUUUAAACAGCUCACCACCAGCAUUUGAUGGAUUUUUGGCAGGAGAGAGAUACGGAUCUUCGUCACCAAUUAUAAGUGGUCGAGGAGACAGUAGGAGCUCUCCAGUACAUUAUAGUCAACUCAUACAACAAAAUGGUGCAUUUCAUCCCAAUUUACAUGUUUCUGCAGGAGGAAUGAUACCAGAUUUGAGCAUGCCAACUUGGUUGCCUACUCCAACUCCUACUCCUGAAACGGACACUAGUGCCAGGAUGAGUGAUUCAGGAAGUAUACACAGCUACCAUGGCAACUCUCCACUUCUUUUUGGUCACGAUCCGUUUAUCUUGCAUGCGAACAAUAUGACAAACAGAAGUACUAACAUGAGGGACAACCUAAUCGCAAAUAGAAUGAAUAUGCAUGGGAAAAAAAGAAUAAGCCAAACCCCUACGGUUGGAAGGCCCAGAUUGAACAGAAAUAACUACUCAUGUGCCAACUGCAAGGUCAAGACUACUCCCCAGUGGAGAUACGUUAAUGGAAUAGCAGUUUGUAAUGCAUGCUACAUGAGAAUCAGAAAAGAUAAAUCACGCAUAAUUCAAAUUGGCGGCAAAUAUAUAAAAAAAGCCGAUAAGUAA